CGUCAACUGAAGUGACUGAAACUCUCUCCGCGCAAGAAGGCGCAGAUCCCAUCAACUCAAGUGACCUUGUUGCGGUAACAGGCACUUGCACUGAGUAUAGUGUUAACAAUGGAUUCCGAAACACUUGACCUAAACGAAAACCGUCGCCGGAUGCUCAAUGGCGAGCUCUAUUACGCCUUUACCCCUGACUUGGUAGCAGAUCGUCAACGCUGCAAAGCCGCGUGCAACGCCUUCAACCUGGCAAGUGCCACCGGAGUUGCCUCGCGGAGAACACAAGUCGAGCUUUGGAAACGGAUCGUCCAAGAUGACACCCCGCUCCCUCCGCCAGGCGCCACCCCUGAAGAAGAUGAGAAGCUUUUGGACGAUUACCCCUGGGUAGACGGACCUAUCAAAUUUGACUAUGGCUUCAAUACAAAAAUUGCCCCCCAAGUCUACAUCAACAGCAACGCCACCUUCCUCGAUGUCUGCCCCAUAACAAUCGGCUCACGCACCCUCAUCGGCCCCAAUUGCAGCUUCUUUGCGGCAACCCACCCGAUUGAUCCCUUCGUGCGCAACGGUCUUAAUGGCCCCGAACUAGGCAAGCCCAUAACCAUUGGCGAGGACUGCUGGUUUGGUGGGAAUGUGACUGUCCUCCCGGGCGUGACCAUCGGUCGAGGUGUGACGGUUGGCGCUGGGAGCGUUGUGACCAAGGACGUGGAAGAUUUUGUUGUUGUUGCGGGUAAUCCAGCAAGGGUUGUUAAGAGGUUGGACGCCGCAGACAAGAUUAAAGGGGAGGGGAGGACGCAGGACUCUCGGUAAACUAUGACAUGUUGACACUGGUAUAUAGCAGCGAAGCCCUUUAUAACAGCGCGUCAAAUGCUCUGAGUCUGUG